UUAUUCUUUAUUCUGCCUUUAGUUGUAAGUGAAAUAGCAAAUAAGAACCAUCUUCAAUAUAUCGACGGAGGAAAUAUUUCUUUUGGGUUAAAAAUGAAUCAUUUAAGUCUAAUUGCUUUGAUCUGUUUUGCAGUAGUUUUAGUGAAUGCAUCAGUGAAAAACACUACGAAAAUAACAAUGACGAUGCUCAGUACCAUCAAACACAUGCAAUCAGGCUAUUAUGUACCUAAAGGUUAUUAUGUUAUCCACGCUGAUGGCCAUCAAUCUGAACUGUCCAAGAUUUCACCAUCGCAUGAAUUAUUGCUGCGUAGUUUAAGACGCAGACGAUCGGCUCAAUUUUCAUCGAGUUCUUCAUCGUCAAGUAGCAGUGUUAGCUCAAAUGGUGGUCCGAUUUCUUUCCACCAAUCUAGUUCAUCGAUUGUUUCACCUGGAGGCUCCUCGUCUCAAGGUUACUACCCUGCCGUCUUUGGAUCGAUCAAUAAUCGUUUCAAUGGCGAUGAUGAUGAUGACUAUUAUGAUGAUGGUCAAUUUCCAAUCAACAAUAAUCAACCACAAUAUUCAUCAUCUCAAAUACAUACAGGAACAUUUGCCGGAAACGGAUAUAAUGCACCUAUUUUCACAUCGUCUCAAACGCAGACUGGUGGCGUUUUUCCGAAUCGAAUAAAUACACCGAGUUCAGGAGGUGUCAAUUAUAAUAACGGGAAUACUUUCGUUUCCCAAACUUCGAGCGUUUCGCAUCCAUCGCCGAAUGGUAAUGUUGUGUUCACCCAAUCGAAUAAUAAUGGUGUGCAUUCAGAAACCUCAGGUAUCGUUUAUCCGAAUGGACAAGUGCAAAUAACUUCACAUAAAACCGGGAAGUUUUAGAACUUUUUUUUUUAUUCCGUUCGUAUGAAUGUUUAAUCAACAACAAAAAACACGGCUAACGUGUGCGAGUAAUUCAGAUUUAUCUUUGGAUUUUUUGUUUUGUUUUUCGUUGUUUGAAUGUAAAUUUGAUGUGAUCAUCUCUUGAACGUUCGCAACUUGUUUAAUGAAUCGAUUGACCUUGGCGUGUGUUUAAUGUUGUUUUUACUGAUGUUGAUUCAUUAUAAAAAAUUAACUAAUUUUUGAGAAUUACCUGUUAAUUGAGAAAAUAAAUGACGAACUAUUGGUUAUAGGAAA